CCCCCCAGCAAAAAGAGCCGCCGCUCCCUGUCCGAGUCGGGGCCCGUGGAGUCGUCCAAGCCGCUGCCCCACAAGCGGGAGUCCCUGGAGAGCCUCUACUUCACGCCCAUCCCCACGCGCUCCCGCUCCAAGCUGGAGAACAGCAUCGACUCCAUCGGCAACAUCACCCUGGACUCUGGGCGGAAGGCCCUCUCGGGCCGCCGGCGCACCACGCAGCUGAUCAACAUUACCAUGAUCAAAAAGCACCCCAAGCUGGAGCCCCUGGACAGCACCAACGAGUCCUUCGUCAGCCUGCGGUCCUCCGGCUCGGGGGAGAGCGGCCAGGAGUCGGUCAAGACCCGCCUGCGUUCGGCAGCGGUGGCUUCCUCCUCCUCCUCCUCCUCCACCCGCUCGCUGGCCAGCCUGCCCUCCCAGGAGUCCCUCAUCCGGCUGGCCGCCUCUUCGCCCGAUGGCGCCUCCGGCCACGCUGCGCUGAAGAGCCUGCCUGGCUACCGACCGGCCACCCGCAGUUCUCUGAGACACUCCCAAGGCGGGGGGGCCAACCCCG